AUGGCAUUAACACUGUACAAAUACCCCGGCAUCAACCUACCACUAUGGCAUCUCACGCAGAAUUACGACGCCAUGGGGGCUGGUGUCAAAUUCUACCGCUACGGUUCUUUCGAGGGCGCCGAUGGUUGCCUCUCGGAGCUUAUCCAAGUCCGUGAAGUCGCCAUGCUUUUACUUAUGGAUCGCCUCACGGACAAACCCGACUGGAACACGAAGUUGUUUGACGACAGCAUUGUCGCCGACUGGCGCCGCGAGACUCUGACGCAGAAUGAAACAGAUCUCUACAAGGAAAUCGUCGCAGACCAUAUCCGUGUUCCCAUGCCGAAACGUACGAGAAUCAUCAACGAGGCUGCGUUCGAUUAUUGCAUCGCCGAGUUGAAGUGCAAGGCAGCUCACUUCAAAGAAACCGGCCUCAUAUUCACUCUCAACUCGUCCCAAGGCACCGCCGAGGUUCCCUGCUUUAACACGGCCGUCAAGGCAGACAGCCUAGUAACCAAGGAGCUCCAAACGGGCCUAAAGGUUGCAUUCGAAAAGCUCCGCGCCGAGCAGGCCGCUGAACCCAACUGGCAUCCAGGAAGCCAGGGUAGGGUCCAGGACCUUGUCCACCCUUCCAUGUAUCCCUUCGUUUAUGGGGAAAGCAAAGUCAUCCCAGAGGAAGUUGUAGGGGUGGCCGAUGCUGUCGAUAGGUGGUCUGGGAAGGGUGAACCGGUACAACCGCUGCUGGAGGGAGACGAUGAAGAUGAGACGGUUAUCUACCGUAACUUUUGGUCGGAAACCUAUCAGUGGCUUCCUGCUAACCUGGCAUUCCAGGAGAACGGCUCCGUUCGCUUCACCAGCUACAUUAACAACCUCCACCCCCAAAAGCACGCCGGCACUUACCAACUCCUCGAGAAGCUCAUUGAAACCGUCAUUCCGGCGUGGGAGAGCGUUCUCAGCGGCAAGGCCACCACUGAUUCAUCUGAUGCGCCGGACCGUUUAAAGUAUCCUCCUCCAGUAAACCGAAGCAACGAAAACGAUGUCUGGGGAGAGGUGAACCCGGAUGUUAUCGCUGAAUACGAGGAGAAACACGGCGGUAUCGACGUGGGCGAUAUCCCACGAUAUAGCGAUGAAGAUUCCGAUGAUCUUGAGAGUCUCGAGAGGGAUAGUCCACUGCUCAAGUGGGGAAGUUUGAGAGACCCUAUUCUAAUGGAGCCAUUAAAAUUCGAGCCUUACACCUACACGGUUGAGCAAAGACUCCGAGGGCGGUUCAAAGAGACUGGUUUGCAGGUCAUCGUCAAGAUGGCUUCGAUUGAGCUGACUCCCGAAAAGCCCAGAUUCCCUAAGAGUGACUGGCACAUUGAGGGCCAAAUGAACGAGCAUAUCGUGGCGAUAGCGCUGUACUAUCUCGACUCCUCGAACGUGACGCCAGGUAGAAUAUUAUUCCGCAUGGCUACCAGCCCCGACCAGGAGAACUUGCGAUCUCAGGUCACCUUCGGCAUGCAUGAAUUUUACGAGCGCAUCUACGGCACCACGCUUAGGGCCGAGGUUGACAAAGAAUGCGUUCAGCCUUACGGUAGCGUUGCGACGCCCGAAGGGCGGCUGCUGGCGUUCCCCAAUGUUUUUCAACGCCGGGUCUCUUCUUUCAGCCUGCAAGACCGAACCAAGCCCGGUCACUGCCGCUUCGUCGCUCUGUGGCUCGUCGACCCAUUCCAGCGCAUUAUCUCGACCGCCAACGUGCCGCCCCAGCGGUUUGACUGGUGGGCCGAGGCCGUCUUCGGUAGCGAGCCCAAAGACAUAGGCGACAUGCCGCCCGAAGUGUUCCAAAUACUACUCGAGCAGGGGGCCGCCGAGGCCAUCAAACCGCCAAAGGAACUGCUACAGAGCCUGAAAAACAAGUUGCCGGCGGAGCUCAUGGAGAUGGUGCGGCGAGCGGCCGGUCCGGCGGGUCUGAUGACGACUGAACAGGCACGUCAACACCGGAAAGCGUUGAUGGAAGAAAGAAUUGGCUUUGCGGAAGCUGUCAAGGAAAGAACUUGGACAAACACAUAUGCCUUCUGA